AUGAGUAGAUUAAAUCUGCUCAGGCUUCAGCGCCUCAAUUUUAAUUCCGUCAGAUUCUGGAGUCCAAGUUAUCACGAUAAAACUGUUCCGGUCACAUUUGAAAGUGAGUUAUUGGAAGGGUAACAUAAUUUUCACGUUUAGAUGUGGUCUUUCCGCCGAAUGGUGAAAUGAAGUUGCCGGUGAUGCCUACCGAGCCUAAGUAUGAUCCAGAAUUAGGAGAGGAAAAGUAUAAAACGACCAAAAGGUUGAUCGAAGCUCGGGGAGUUGAGCCCAUUCACACUACCCUGAUUCAUAAACAAUAUGGGUUGGCAGCCGUUCAGGGAGGUUUUCUAAGGCCGACGGAUUUCAAAUUCUUGCAGGUAUGGUUCUUAUACUUGUUUCUUAUUUGAUUUUUAGACACGAAUCAACAAAAAUCUUCAAAAAAAUCAAUUUGCUAUCUGGAGAGUGCCUCCUCCAUGGUUACCAAGGACAAGGAAGCCGCAGGGUACAAAGCUGGGUGGUGGCAAAGGUCAGCUUCAUCAUUAUGUGACUCCUGUGAGGGCUGAGAGAAUUAUUGUCGAAUUGGGAGGGCAUAUUACGGAGAUUGAGGUGAGUAUUUUGGCUCAAUAUCAGAUGUAUUACCUAUUAAAAAGUUUGUUGAAGUUUUGCUUUGAUGUUGAUCAAUGUUUUUAGGCAAUGGCUUACGUGACUUACAUGACCGAUUUUUUGCCUUUCCCGGUUCGAUUUGUUUCCGAGGAGAUGCUGGCGGCAGAAAGACAAUAUGAGGAAGAUGUGAAGAAGUACAACAAGAAUCCUUUCAAUUGGGAGAAGCUGAUAAAAUGGAAUAUGCAAAACUGUACCAGCUUCUUGAACCAAUAUGAUAUCAUUUGGAAGGGAAAGUACAAAUGAUUUUGUUAUUGCGAUUAGGCUUUUAUUGUUUUUUGUUCAUAAAUUUGUUUUUUAUUGACAAUUUAGUCUGCAGUUACUGGUUAUGCGUCCAGACAUUAUCUAAAAUUUUUAGAUUCCUUUUUAACUUAUUUUAGGCCGUUGGGCAUGGCCACGGAGGAUGAGUUGAUCCGGAUUCCCUUCAAAAAAGUUGUAUAUUACAUCAGUGGUCUCCCUUUUCUUGGACUUGCUUUUUGUGUAAUAUACAGCUUUCUUUUUCACUUUGAAGAUGCCAAUGCUACGCAUUGUGGUGUCCCCAAUUGGUUGCCUUCCAUAUCAGCGGCUGUGGCCAAGUUGGAGCCCGAGAGAUACGUUUGGAGAAUAGCUAUUGGGCUGCACAGUGCGCCUAGAAUUGUGCUGGCAGUCGCGUUUCGGUAAGUAAUUUGUGGUCCAUGUUUUUGUUUGUUAACUUUAAGGUUUAAUGAGAUUAUUUGCAGUAAUUUCCUAGUCAUUUCUCCUCUUCGUUCAUUAAAUACAACAUUCCUCAAUGUCAUGGCGAAUAUUGGAUGUUUCUUCCAUAUAGCCGAGAUUACAUUCCUAAUGAUGCUGUCAGCCAUAUCUUCUGGUGAUAAUUACGGUGAGUUUUGAGUGAUUUUACAUAAUUUUUUAUUGCUUUAGCCCUGCACAAAUUAUCGUUUAUCGGGUUUUUGAUAUGUGGCUUUAUUUACAUGCUGAUGAGUAUAUUUUUGUUCGAUUACUCGGGAAGACGAAGGACAGUGUCUGUGGUAAGUGUUUUUUUUUUGAUUUCUGUUUGAAUUUUAGGUACCAAAAUCAUGGUGUAUAUAUUAUACAUGAUAUUUUAGGGUGAGAAAUCAUAUCAAUACAAAGUGUUCUGCUGUGGAGCAGCCUUCAUCAGUCUGUUCUUCGCUCUCUACUUUUUCUACAGACACAACACUUACUGUGAGCCAGGUAUCUACACCUUCUUUGCCUUAUCCGAAUAUGGAGUGGUCAUCUUUAAUAUCCUCUUCCAUUCCACUUUAUAUUACGACUUUUAUGAUCGCAACUUCUCUAUAAUUUCUGGUGGAUUCUCGGCCAGCUCAUAUCAAAUGCUUCCAAUGCAUCGGGACGACUAA